GACCCCUUCAUCGUCCCUUCCCGUCUCUCUCUAUAGCAGAAGAGGCUACCUAGCUAGCAAGCAGUUUAAUUUAGCGGUGGAGAAUGAGCUCUAUCGGCAUGAUGGAGGCGAGGAUGCCGCCGGGGUUCCGGUUCCACCCCAGGGACGAGGAGCUGGUCCUCGACUACCUCCUCCACAAGCUCACCGGCCGGCGCGCCUACGGCGGCGUCGACAUCGUCGACGUCGACCUCAACAAGUGCGAGCCAUGGGACCUUCCAGAGGCGGCGUGCGUGGGCGGCAGGGAGUGGUACUUCUUCAGCCUGCGCGACCGCAAGUACGCCACCGGCCAGCGCACCAACCGCGCCACCCGCUCCGGCUACUGGAAGGCCACCGGAAAGGACCGCCCCAUCACCGGCUCCGGCGAGGCAUCGGCGGCGGUAGUGGGCAUGCGCAAGACGCUGGUCUUCUACCAGGGCAGAGCCCCCAAGGGGACCAGGACGGAGUGGGUCAUGCACGAGUUCCGCCUGGAGGAACAAGACGAGCACCACCAGCAGCAGCAUGGCCGCGCCGCCGCCGCCGCGGCGAGGCGCCAGCUCAAGGAAGACUGGGUGCUAUGCAGGGUCUUCUACAAGAGCAGAACAACUACCCCAAGGCCACCUUCUGAAGAAACAUGCACAUUCCCUGGUGAACUGGACCUUCUGGCUGCGCCGCAGUCGCUCGCACCCCUCAUCGAUGCCUACAUAGCUUUCGACAGCGGCACGGCUGUUGAGCAAGUGUCCUGCUUCUCCGGCUUGCCAGCACUGCCAUUGAAAGGAUCGGUGAGCUUCGGGGACCUGCUGGGCUGGGACAACCCUGAUACGAAGGCCAUCAGGACAGCGCUGAGCAACAGCAAUUCAAGGCUGGAGUUGCCCACAAACUGGAGCCAGGAGAAUGGAUUGUCACAGAUGUGGACACCCCUCUGAAACUUGACAUAUGAUUAUUAUGGUGCUAGCCUGCUAAGUGCAGUGUGGUGGUGACUAGUAAUUAGAUGACAUAUUCUUUCUAAUGAUAUUGGAGUAGUAUUGGACUAUUGGUUAAUGCAGUGUCUGUUGUUAGGAUUUGAUAAGUGUGUAGAUUAGUGAAAUGGCUUGGUACAGCAAUUGUACAUAGGAUUGCUAAGAAAUGUCCUCUUUAGUUUCUCUUUUCUUUGUACUCUCCAAAUGUACUUCUCACUGAAAGGCAAUAUGUGGAUAAUCCCUGUAAAA